UGGUAACAGAGAAUCAGGUUUUAGAUUUUGAAAGUAAUAACAUUGAUCCCUUACCAGACUAACAUCUCUCAACGAUAGUUAAAUUACUGACUGCUAAUUUAAUUGAUAAUUACGGUUUAUCAAUAAUUUAGCGUGCUUCUUGAGUAGUCUUGAAAUUAAUUUGUUGUCAAAUAGAGUCUCCAAUCAAGGAAUCCAAUUGAAAAGGAAAAAGUCGUCACAAAGGGAGCCUAAAAUCAUCAUUAUCAACAUCAUAAAUACAACAGCAAUUGUUCAACAAAGCUCCAUUUUUGUGCUCUUGUGUGGACAACUGGCAUUCAAGUUACGGGAUCGGUUAACGUUUUGUUAUGUAAAGUUAAUUAUCAAAGCAACAUCCAAAUAAUCCAGUGACAACUAUGUUACAACCAAUUGCUCACAUCCUCAGUAAACAGAGAAAUAUUCUUGGUAGUACUUCAGUCAGACGACGAGCUCUUCUUGAAUCCAUUGGAUUUAAUUUUGAAAUCAUUGACAGUGGAUUUAAUGAGCAACUGUUACGGGACAAGUUCAGUCAUCCUUGUGAAUAUGUGAAAGAAAACGCUAAACAAAAGGCUAUCCAUGUAUACAAAAAGCUGGCUGAUGCUGGUGAAACUGCUGACCUUAUAAUAGGCGCUGAUACUGUUGUAACCUUUCAAGAAUCCAUUUACGAGAAACCCAAGGAUAAAGAAGAUGCUUUCCAAACAUUGACCAAAUUAUCAGGAAAUUGGCAUACAGUUUUCACUGGUGUUGCUCUGGUUACAAAUUCAACAUCACCUCCAACAACAACUUUAGGAUCUUCAUCGAAUGCCAGUUCUAAUAAGGAUGACAAUGGUGGAAAUGGAGAUGAUUUUGUGGUUACAACUUUCCAUGAAGCAACUGAUGUUUAUAUUUGCCAGUUAACACCCAAUAUAAUCAACAGUUAUAUUGAAACUGGUGAACCAAUGGAUAAAGCUGGCUCUUAUGCUAUCCAAGGAAUCGGUGCUACUCUUAUUGAAUCAAUUAAAGGAGAUUAUUCCAAUGUAGUUGGCUUACCUCUUCAUCGAUUGACUAAAGAACUGUAUCACAUGUAUUCUGAAUAGAUUCUCCUUACAUCAAACUCGAUCCUGGAUUGAUGAUUGUUCCUAAAAGUUACGAAUCUUCUCUUUCUUUCCAUAAAUGAGGUCCAUCUUUAUACCUCAUCCAAUAUUCCUGUGUAACUGUCUUUUUCUAUCAUUUUGUCCCAGUUUCAACAUCAUUAUUCAUGACUAAAGUCAAGUUUAAUAUCACUUUUGAAUACGCUAUUUUGUAUGUUUCUCUUUUCCUCUGAUAAAAAUGAGGUUCUUUUUGGAAGAAUUGUUAUUGAUAAGAUAGUUGAUCAAGCCUUUAAUUUCGUGCUUCAUUUAGCAAAAACAGUUGAUUUCUUUAAAUCUUGUGCGAUUCUCCCAUUCUAGUAGGGCUGAAAUUUUCCUUACAAUCUACAAAUUGUAAUAUUGGAAAUCUUUUGCGUUCAAGUACAAUAGAAAAUCGUAAUCUUCACUUAUGUAGUUUAUCUAAUAAAAAUGACUCGAACUUGCACUAAA